AUGGAUAGAGUGAUCCAGUUUAUCCUGAAUUAUGAUCCCGAGAGACAGCAAGGCGAAAUUCCUCAUCGGCUGGAACGUCUUGAGAAGAUUUGGGACACGUUUGAAAUCGUUCAAUCCGAAUACGAAGAACUGGAUGAUAGUGAAGAUUUUUCAGCGGUAAGUGAACAAAUCAGAGUUCAGAUGGAAGAAAAAUAUUUCGAAGCGAAGGCUGCUUUGGUUUCGAUGCUGCCCCUUGCUGCUCCCGUCGCACCCGCAUACCCCGCUGCGGCUCGUGAGGCACCUGGUCCUAAUAACGUGAAGCUUCCCACCAUCACACUUCCCGAGUAUGACGGCGACUUCAACAAUUGGUUGACGUUCCAUGACACGUUCCGGUUCAUGAUCCAUGCGUCCACGGAGAUUUCAUUCGUCCAAAAAUUUCACUAUUUGAGAGCGUCCUUGAAAGAAGAAGCUGCCAGCCUGAUCCAGUCCAUCGCGAUUACUACUAAUAACUACACCGUCGCUUGGGAUACGUUAGUGCAGCGCUAUUCAAACAAGGCCCUACUGCGUAAGAAGCACAUCCGUGCUCUGUUGAAGUACCCGAAGAUUUCCAACCAGUCCGUUGAUGCCCUCCACAAAAUUGUGGACGAUUUCCAGCGUCACACCAAGAUUUUAGAGCAACUUGGUGAGCCUGUCGCGCAUUUCAGUUCAAUACUGAUGGAGCUAUUAGAGGACAAACUAGAUGACGCCUCUCUAGCUGCGUGGGAGGAGUUUAUCGCCACCGAAAAUCAACCCACUUUUAACAAGAUGAUUGAGUUCCUUCAAAGACGGGCCCGCAUACUAGAGACGAUAUCGGUUAAUCGUCCACACCACAACCAAGUGAAGUCAGCGAAUCAAUCCUCCAUCUCGAAGCGUCCCAGUAAUUCCCGUGUGAGUUCCAACGCAGCUGCAGAAGUUUCCAGCCUGUGA